AUGGACGCCUCGCAGUCGAGGGCCCGCCUGCGCAACUCGUGCGACGCGUGCAAUGCGGCCAAGGUCAAGUGCUCCAAGGAGCGGCCCUGCUGCCGUCGCUGCGACCGCCGCAAUGUGCUGUGCGUGUACAGCGUCUCGCUGCGGCCGUCGAGACGCCAGCCGCAUGCCGAGCUGGACCCUUCUUCCACCGCCGCCCACGCCGCCGCCGCCCAAGCCGCUGCCGCUGCCGCCACCAGCACCGCCACCGACGCCGGGGCCGAGUGCGACUUCUCGACCGCGACCGACGUCAACUCGCUGAGCCUGCCCGCCUUUGACGACUACUUUGAUGACGUCAUGGCCGGCAUGCCGCUGCUCUCUCCGCCGCAGCACCACCAGCACCACCAGCACCAGCCGGCGACGACGACGGCGACGGCGACACCGCUCCAGCUCCACCAUGCACACUACGGCCAGCCCCAUCCGUACCAUCAACACCCAGUCCACGUCCCAGUCCACCACGGCACGACGCCGCCCGCGUGCGGCUGCCAGCAGCUGAUCCUGGCCAAGCUCUCGACGCUGUGCCCCACGGCGGCCCCCAACCAGGGCCUUCCCUUUGACCGGGCGCUGUCGGAGAACCGGUCCAUCGUGGCGCUGUGCAACAGCACGCUCGACUGCGCCUUGUGCGCGCGCGGCGACGACGCGGUGCUGCUCUUCACGCUGGCGGCGCUGCUGGCGCACGUCUUGGGCGUGCUCGACGCCCUGUUCCGCGCGCGCAGGGAGGCGCUGCGGCCACGCGAGGCCGACGCCUUUGCAUACGACUCGCUGCAUCUGCUCACGCCUCCCCCCACGGCCCCGCCCACGAGUGCUGGCACGGGUGGCAGCGGGCAGGCCACGCACGCGGCGGGCCUGGCGGGCGAGUGCGCCGAGUGGAGCGAGCCGCAGCCGGCGGUGCGCCUGAGCCUGGGCAGCUACGAGCUCGACGAGCGCGACGAGCAGAUGCUGCAGAUGAACCUGUUCAAAAUCGAGCUGGGCAAGAUCACGGCCCUGGUCGACGCCUUCGAGGCGCGCCUUUCGCGCCUGGGCGCCGGCCCGGCCAACGACACCAAGCUGCACCAGGACAUCACCAUAUACCUCAAGCAGCGGCUGCGCGCCAACGUCGACGCGCCCAAGCUGCUUGCGCGGGCCAACGGCUGUGUCGAUAUCUAG